AUGAGCGCGGCGGAGCGCGCGCCGAUGCUCGGCGCGCGCGCGCGGGAGGGCGCGGGCGAGAGAGCACGGCGUGCGGGUCGCCGAGAAAGCUGGCGGACGGUCGCGCUCGACCGACGGGCGUGGAUCGCGCUCGCGGGCGCGCUGGGGGUCGCGUUCGCGAUAUCGUCCGGGUACGUGGACGUGGGAUCGACCUCGGGGGAAUGGGGGGCGCGCGGGGGGGGGGGCGCGACGUCGGACGGGCGCGCGCGAGUCGACGCGCGCGAGGGUGUUGGUGCGCGCGUCGGCGUCUCGGACGGUGAUCUCGGAACGGCGCGAUCGGCAGAUUUUGGUGUGUACGAUGGAAAUGGUGACGUCGGACGUGGGAUCGACGUCGAUGCGUUGAAUGAGCAUUUAUCAGGGACGGUGUGGGACUUCAACGAGCCGAGGCCGAGGGCGAUCGAGGAGACGAUGGGCAAAGUAGCGCGUAGUUCGCGACUGCUUCCUUCGCUGGGGCAGACGUCACAACGCUCGCAAAGUGCGAAAAAUGUAGCGGAAGGCGAAUCGCGCGGAUCCAAGGACGACAAAGAUAGGGAUGGUCGCACAAAGUCCAAGGCGGGAACUCUUCAGCCAGGGCUCGCGUUGAGCGACGAUGAGAUUUACGAUCCAGCCUUCGUUGACGACGACUUUGAAAACGGCAGACGAUCGGCGAAGCAAUAUCUCAAGCGUUUCUUGGAUCCACCGUUGUUAAACACCACGUGGGACACGGGACGCGUGCGUCGAUUAGGUCGUACAUUGUACCUCGACGGUAAACCAUGGCUGAUGCGCGCAAUUUGUUAUUCCCCAGUCCCUAUUGGCUGGGAUCCGGACUGGUUCGAGCCGUACGGCGACUUUUUUACCAAUGAAUACGCUGGAAUAUUUGAACGCGAUGUACCGCUCAUGGCUGCUGCUGGCGUGAACACGCUGCGUAUUUACACGUUGAAGCUGUCAAAGCGCCACAAGCAAUUUUUCGAUCUUGUCCACCAGUACAACAUGACUAUACUGGUUGGCUACGACUUCGAGGAUGGUACAAAGAGUCUUUUCAACACCGCUGAGACGAUGCAGCAGACGCAGAAGGAACUUCGAACCCUUGUACGGGCCGCAAAACAUCCGGCAGUGAUCGGCUGGAUUGUCGGAAACGAAUUGAACGGUCCGUGGAACUUGUUCGUGUGCGAUAAGGAUCUCGCCGAAAAUUUCGGCGUCAGUGGCUGUCAAUUUGAAGACUCAAUUGAAAAGCUGAUGAAGUCAGUAAACAUGCUGUGCGGGGUCGUGCGUUCAGAAAAUAUGCUUUGUGGCACGGCUAUUGCGAAUGUCAACUUGCCUAAGCGAAAACAGCACCUUGUUGGCACGCAGCUAUGGGGUGCCUUGAGCUGGAUCAAAUUAGCGGAUCGGUACAUGGACCAACUUGAUUUCUGGGGCGUAAAUCUGUACACACGUCGUUACUUUUCUCCGAUGGGAAUUUUCCAACGGUAUCAUUUGGUGAGUAAGCGGCCGUUUUUGAUCACCGAGUUUGGUGUCGAUGCUUUCAGUUUAGCUCCCCAGUUGGAAGGUUCGAAUGGGUACGAUACUAUGGGGACAGAAGAUGAAGUGUCACAAGCGGACUGGUUGGCGACGAUGGUAGAAGACAUAGAGAGACACUCUACGACGUGCAAGGCGGGCUGCGGUGUCAGAUUUACAUCGGGUGGAGCUGUUCUGUCAUGGGUCGAUGAGUACUGGAAAGGGAAAGCGGUCACUCCUGUUCCAACAAACGAUGACCGCGUCCCGACAAUCACUCGUGUGUGUCCUUCAUUGAAGGAGUAUUUGCACUCUCCAUGUGGCUACAUGUCGCCGACGCAGCCUGAUUUGUAUGUAUCGGAGGAGUGGUUUGGGAUCAUGGCGAUUCGGAAGAAAUGCAGCAUCAACAAGGUGGAUCUUUUGAGGCCAAGAGCGGCGUAUUACAUGUUGAAGUUACUGUGGAAAGACGGAGGCUCGUGUACCAUUUUUCAUGAGCAGACGACUUCGGCGUACGACACAGAUAUGUAUCCAGACUGCUCCAAAGCAAUGAAGAACUACCACAACAAGACCAUGCAUUUAUUCAUGCGCGCCGAAGCGGAGGCUUGGCAUGGAAUUAAACUCAAUAUGAAUGAUCCAACGCCUAUUUUCGCUCAUUUUGAGAACUUUAGCGCUAUUCUCACUCAUCCCAAGGGGCUUAUCAAUCCAGUGUCCACGUCACUGCAGAGCACCUUCAUGUCGUGUCACCAUAUGAAGCAGAUCAAUCGCAAGAGUGAUAAGACGUGCCCGUCUCCACCGGUAGCCUUUGGGGAUUUAGGGAAAAUAUUCAACGACCAGAUGAGCUCAUUUGAGCAACCUGGAGAUACGAGCUGUCCAGAUCAAGAGCAGUUCGAUGCGAUGAAGCUCGAAGUCGAGCUCGUGGUGGUUAUCAAAUUUGCGAUCACGCUUUAUAUUGCUGUUGCUCUCGCCAUUCGAUGGAGAUUCACACGUCGUCACGUACGGGAUGCAUUGAUUUCUCUAUCUCGCUCAAACUUAUUCAUCGUGCGCCUUUUCAUUAAGGACACUAGAGCGUUCGUUGAAGUUCACAAACGUGCAGAGCGCGUUCUAGGCUCUCCGGCGAAAACAUCCAGACAACUUGAUGGAGACCUUAGCUCUGAAUCUUCAGAACAAGAUGACGAGCUAUCGUUGCGUCGUCGUGGCCCGGAACCGUCGGGCUCGAGCUCUAUUGAGCGUGGAAUUGAGCAAUGGAGAGCUCGAAUUUCACCAGCUGCCAUGAGUCUGAGUGAUAUCUUUGGUUUCCAAGCAGGCACUGAGGAGAUGGGUAGCACGAGGGAAAAUUGCAUUGACAAGUGCGCGCAUGCACUCUGGAACAUUUCGCAGCUGAAAGACGCGCCGUCGAAUGCAUCCGACUGGGCCGUUGAAACACUCCAUGCAAAAACGUUCGCAGCAUACAAGAAGUACAUGAGGUACACUGGUAUCAAUUUCUCUCCCCGCGGCGUCUCCACGCUGGCGUCUUCAAUGGGCAAUGGUAAUACGGACGACAAACUCUGUCAGAUCGUGCUCUUUGAACUACUUUACGAGGAGUCUGCGAAUAUGAGAUACAUGCCCGAGUUUAUGAUGUUCACAUUCCACCUCAUGGCCGCUGCGGUUAUCAAUCGUGGUGUGAAUUGUUCAGCGGCGCCUGAAUCAGGAGUGGGGUAUGAGAGAAACGAUUUCCUGACGUCGAUUGCGACACCUAUGUACGAAUUCCUCGCUUUACAUAUGAAGAGCGCGGCUCCUCUGCACUUACGCUUGGGAUACGAUGAUAUAAAUGAAGCUUUCAUCGAUGUUGCUACGAUUCGCACGAUGUUGAGCAUGGACGCGAAGAUUGGGACGAGCUCGUAUGCGAGAUUCAGGCAGUUUAUGCUAGCGGCCGGGUCAGCUACAGAAAAGGAUAAGAGUUUGAGCGCCGUCUUCAAAAAAACAUAUAGAGAGCACCUGGGUUGGUUGACGGCAUACAUCAACUUCCAGCGAAUGUUCACUCUCUUUUCGCUGCUGUUGCACGCGAUGAUAGUGUUUGCUUUCGUACAAUUUUCUCAGCUAGCGCUGUACUCAACCAUGGCUGUUACUGUAGCUUUCUUUGAUGCCAUAAUCGAGUUGAGAGUCUUGUUUUUCGAUCGCGUCGAGCUGUUUCACAGUCGACUUGAAUCCAUCGGUCGCGGCGCUUUCGCCUUGGUGAUACUACUGCUUGGAUGUGGACUUUCGCUGGGGUACGUUAACGGCUCUUUGUUCUCCCUGAUUGGAUCACCUUACUUGUUACUUUCGCUGGCCAACAUUCUCGGUUAUCAGCUCACGUCUCCUCGUGGAUCAGAUGACUACUUCACGAAGGAAGUCGGUCGCAGCGUUUCUUCAAAGGAACACAGAGAACAUGUUAUCUUCUGGCUGCUCGUCUUCGUUUUGAAGUUGCCCCUGGACUAUGUAUUGAUGAUCAGACCGCUUGUCGUUCCGACAAAGGCCAUACUGUCGAUUGAUUUGUACUGCUGGAACUAUAACUUUGGCGGUGCAGACUGCGAUGCCUACGAGUACAACGAGCUCUUCUCCCCUCGAAUCAUCGAACUCAUUCGGUUGUCGCGGCGACAUGGGCUCAGGAGUCUCAUGCUGUUCGAACGGUGGAUUCCAAACGUCUUGUUGUACUUUGGUAACACAUUUUUCUAUUUUCUGUUCGUCCUCGGCAUUCGAAGUGCGAUGAAGGAAAUCCGUACCUCGGGCGUCGCGGGGGGCUGGUCACAGACCGUUAUUUCACUGCCAAAAGUGGUUGGAAUAUUCGCUGACAAAGUUCUGACCAACUCACAUAAACCCACAACCGCCCCGGAUCCAGCUACUGCGUUGUGUGCCGAGGCGAUCUCUGAAUCGUGGCGAUCAUUUGCACGAGCUUGGAACGAGAUCAUCCAUUCAAUUCGCAGUCGUGACCUGCUCAGCAACGAUGAGACUAACUUGCUCCUGUUUAAGAUACUCAAUGGUCGCGCGAGUGAAAGUUUCUUCGGUUCGCACUAUAUUAUGUUUCCCAUAAUGCUUACUGGUUCCAUCUUCAGCGGCAUCGGUUUGCAGCGAAACGAGAAAAUGCGCUUCGACUUUUCAGCUGCCGUCAUGGCACAAAUGGCUGAUCUGGUUGCCUUCAUCGUAGUUUGCAUUCUCGGCGUUGUCGAUGCGAGUGACCGUGUGAUUUUUGUCGAACUUAUGAAUUCUCUCACAGAGCUUCUUUCUUUGGGGAUCGCUGAGCAUUCGGAAACAAUCCUGUGGCUCACUACGAUGCGCAGCAAGUUUGCGGAGUUGGUGCAGUCACUGAGGAGCGCAUCCACAGACUUGAGCCAAGUGAGCGCACAAAUCGAGCAAAUAUUCGUGUUUAUCACGUCGGAGAUUGCGCAGGAUCGCGAGAGCGAACAUGCAACUCACAAGCGAACCAACGCACUUAUCGUCGAGACGUGCUCCAGGCUCCAAAAGUUGAUGCACCUCGAUCGAUUGGAGUCGACAUCGAGCAGAGUGAUGGCCGCUGCUUCUUCUCGAGCAGGUUCUAGCGUGCUGGGUCAAAUUAGUUUGAUGCUAUCUACGGCGAAUCCGGCUGGUGAACCGUCUGCACAAGAAGCCAAGGAUAUUCUUCGAUUUUUCGUGCGAAGCAUCGAUCGCUCGUUGCCUAAUGCGAUGACUGUUCGACAAAUGCCGAUGCUGACGACCUUGACGCCCGUGUAUGCAGAAGAAAUCCGCACAUCGCUGGACACACUGACACAGAACAUCGAUGGUGAAUCAGUCACGGGGUUCAGAUUCAUGAUCAGUAUGGCGCCAUCCUCCUGGGAAAAUAUGAUCGAGCGAACUCAGGUGAAAGUGCAAGACUCCAAUUACGAGCACUUCUUUGAUCGAGCGCUGCUCGAACGAAACACCGCUUUGUCCACGUUCACGGAUGAAGAAAAACGCUUCGCACAAGAGUCAGUCAACUGGGCCAGUCUCGAGGGCCAGACACUGUAUCGCACGGUAGCCGGGUUCGCGUGUUAUGCCGAUGCGCUUCGAAUAUUUGCUCGCAUGGAGGGCGUGGCCGAAGAGGACAUCGAGCCACUCGUUCAAGCAAAGUUUGAGCAUGUCGUGUGCGCACAGGUGUACCAAGCACCUGGUUACACAAUGAAUGAAGAGAUCGAGUCUAUCGUCGAAACAUUCCCACACGUCAAGGUCAGUUACGUCAUGCAACCAAACGCCGAAGAUCCGAACUACGCAAUCGGCAGGAUCGAGCGAGGAACGGACGGCAAGUUCAAGCAAACGCAUCGCGUUCAAAUUCCGGGCCACCCAAUCGUCGGUGAAGGCAAACCUGAAAACCAGAAUCUAGGCCUGGUAUGGGCACGAGGCAAUUACAUUCAAACAAUCGAUAUGAAUCAAGAUGCAAACCUUGCCGAGGGCAUGAAGAUGCGAAACUUGUUAUCUUUGUACCAAUCAAAUGACGACUUGGUCCUCAUCGGGUUCAACGAACGACUUAUAUCAGGGCGCCAAGGUUCUGUUUCGAGCUUUGCCGCGGUAUCGGAAACUGUGUUCGGCACAAUGUUACAACAUUUUAUGGCGAAUCCACUCCGAGUUCGCUUACACUACGGACACCCGGACGUUUGGGACGGAGCUUUCGUCCGAAGUUGUGGGGGCGUGUCAAAAGCUACCAGGAAGCUUCAUUUGUCAGAAGACGUGUACGGAGGUAUGAACGUCCUCCAGCGGGGUGGUAUUAUCGAUCAUGUGGCGUUCAUAUCGUGCGGCAAAGGGCGGGAAGUUUCUUUCGACGGUAACAAUCAGUUCAACAAGAAGAUCGCCACUGGCAAUGGCAUGCAGCUUCUUUCUCGCGACUUUUACCGGCUCGCGAGAUCGAUGGGCAUUCUCCGCUGUAUGAGCUUCUUCCAGUCUUCGGUUGGAAUGUUCUACACCGAAUUUUUACUCUUCAACUCGAUGUUUGCAUUUGUACUGUGCAAGACGAUGAUCUGCAUGUAUCAAAUCGAAACUUAUUUCAAACAGGGUGACGCUUUUGACAAUGUCGGCUUCCAUCAAGAAGUUGGUAUCGAGACGCUCUACCCAUCCCAGUGGAUGCUGCAAGCUAGUCUCGUCAUGGCGUGGCCUGGUAUGUUACAUGGAUGGAUUAACGGUGGGUUAUUAGACAUGAUCAAGGAUACUUACAACGGACUCAUUUCGGGUUCGUUCGUGUACCACAUGUUCAUCGCCAAGUCGCGCGGUUACUCCAUCGAUGCAUCCAUCACAUCCGGCGAUGCGGUGUAUCGUGGCACUAAACGGUCCAUGCACAUGAACGCGUCGUUUACAGAUCUUUACAUGCAGUAUGCAGCAUCGCAUAUUCUACCAUCGUUUACUAUCGUCGCCUUGACGGUUUUGCUGACGGCGCUUUCAAGAUUCGGUCCGCUGUACGUCCUCAUCACGACAACAUGGCACGUUUGGCUCGCGGUGUCCAUGUGGGUCUUCUCACCGUGGAUUUUCCAUCCGCAGACGUUUAAGGAAGGUAGCCCUGCCGUAAAUUUUACUUCGUGGCUCUUCUGGUUGGACAAUCGCAAACAUAUCAGCCAAGCUCAUAGUAAGGACGGUGCAUGGCUGACUUGGCAUACGAAACAAAUGCGAUCACUGCGAGCCAUGCCACGUCACCUCAAAAUUGAGUACAUAGCUUUCAGAAUCGUACCGCUUCCAGCGUUGCUUUUCCUGUCGGCCAUGGUGGCGAUCACUGCAGAUGAUUCGAGUGCUACAGCGCCUCUCCGCGGUGUCGUGGUGUUCACUUCAGGCGUCGCCGGUGUUCUGCUUGCAGGUGUGUACUAUAUGAGCACAUCGCCAGUGUUCCUCUGGCCACAGCGCGUUGUUGCGCUGUGUGAAAAACUGCGUGUUGUGCGGGGUGAAGUUGAUAGGCGCAUCCUUAUCUUACUGUAUAACAUGACCAUCCGAGUUUUCUUGCUAGUGUUUCAUAUCCAGCUGUGUGAGCGUCUGUUCAGCCAGACUGUGGACAUCAACCUUAGGCAAAAUAAGGUCAUCUUCGUCAUGUGUGGUUGCUGUGCGCUUUACUGUGUUGUCUCCGUCUCAAGUAUCAUCGGAGAUAACCCAUUGGCCGCUUUCAGAGGUUUAGCGUUCAGUCUCAGAGCGUUCAGCGACUUCUGUUAUCGAGAUAUUGAUGAAGUGGUCGGCUUGAUAUUGCACAUCGCUAUUGCCACACUGGCUUUGGCGCCAAUUUCCUACGUGCACGCGAAGACAUUAUUUAACAGAGCAUACGCCUCGGUUCUUGCCCUGGAGAUGCGUCGAAGCGCCUUGGUUGUUACGCUGAAUAAUAAAAUCACUUCGAAGUCGCUUCGAAACUGGUUUUUAUCGUCUAGAUCGUUUAUUCGACGAGUUCUUGGCUUGAAAACAGCUCCUGUUCGAUCUUUGAGGCAGGCACCGAGCACCAUUCCAGACUUGAUGAUCGAUCUGACGAAAGUCGGAGAAAUGACGGUGACGAACGAGAGAGUAACUGAAAUUAAACGGCGAGUGCAACCGAUCGCUUCGCAUCUCGCCGAUCUGUUCGGGUUUCAAAAGGCUGCCAAGGACAGGACUUUCACGUCGGAGACUGUAGAAGUCCCCUCUAAUCUUUGGAAUUCUGUCGAAGCUUUAUCUUCAUGGUUGGAAAACUUGUUGACACAACGAGAGGACGUGGACAGUUACUCACUCGAUCAUCUGAAUAGAUACUGGAUCGACGUCGUAAACGAGCUUCACGCUCACCUAUUCCAGAACUAUAAUAGGUGGGGUGCGUUCACUGGCAUGGUGGAUGCUGUGUCCGCACACGCCAGGAGAGUCGCGGCUACGAUGGGCGACGAUGCCGCCCUGCCACUUUCGCUGUAUAUGUCUGAUGCAAACGAGCUCUGGACGCGUACUAGUAGAGAACACACCACGUUGAUCGAGUUGAACGCAAAACUUCAUCAUCUGUGCCUGUGGUUCUUGAUUUACGGCGAGAGUGCCAAUCUUCGUCACAUGAGCGAGUGUUUAUGUUUUAUCUUUCAUUCUGCCUUAUGUGCCGUCAAACUUGAACGCAGGGUACCAAAUGAAGGCGAAGAGCACGUGUUGUGCAAGCCCGUUGCGGAAGAGGUGAUGCCGUACGCAGAGAAAGACUACUUGCGUACGAUUGUUACUCCGAUAUUCCUUUUCCUCAAGCGGGAAAUUUCAGACAGAAGUAGCGAGCCGGUUUCGGAUCGUGUCAUGUACGACGACGUGAAUGAGUUCUUUUGGCGGUACGACAGACUUGUAAAGUUACUACCGCCCGAUAAAGAGCCCGUCAGGAGCGAAGGCGACGCGGAUUUCGUCGGUGUUCCUGCACAGAUGGCUGGUCUCUCCAGAGAUGAGCGCAUGUAUGAACAUCUUCGGUCGUUCAUGAGGCGGGUAAACGAUUCGGGCGAUCCUGCAAAUGAACUCAGUGGUAUUUUCAUUAAAACUCACCGCGAAUGCUCUGGAUGGCUCAGUAUGUUCGUCAACUUCCAUUCAAUCAUCCUUUUCCACGCUGUUGCGUUCCAUGUUUCAACCGCUUACGUUUUUGGACACGGUUGGAACUGGUCAUAUAUUUGCACUGCCACGUUGACACAUGCAUUGUUCAAGUUUACGACGGAGCUCGCCAUGUUGCGAUUCGUGAACCUCUCGCAAGAGAGAUUCGGUGACUGGAUGGUGACUGCAACUCGAGCGGGGAUGUUCUUGACCAUGCCUCUGUUCUACGCCCUGGAAUAUUCGUUGCGAAGUGAUUAUGCGACGCCCUACUUCGAAGGUUUGGCGACAGUGUACACUAUUGCAAACAGUGGAUUAAUGUCGAAUGUCUUGAGACGCACGACGUUCGUCGGGUCGCCAGUGCAGAUGGCUCCACCUUAUCGUGAACGUGUUAUUUACACGUCUUUCUGGAUCGUGGUGCUUGGUACAAAAAUUGUAUUCGGUCACUUUUUGCUCAUCGCUCCACUUCGAGAAGCCGUCAGUGCGUUGCAAAAAGGUGACUUGUGUUGGAACAAAGAGAGCGAUGAGUACACAUCGUGCAUCAACCUCGAGGGGGACGCGCUCGUCCAGGCGCUCAAGUUUGUGCCAAAGAUCACGUAUUUCACGGAGAAGGACGAAGACGAGGAGGACGAAUACAAGGACCUGGAUUUGGGCGAUUAUCAACCCUUACCAGAGCGCCGGCGCAGCCUUCUGUCCUCGCACGCAGGCGGUGGCGACUUCACGGGUGCUUCCUGGGGCGACGUAAGCCAAUUUGCGAUUGACUCUGAAGUGAAUGAAUCCGCUGACCCAUACAAUGGACAGUUUAGAGGCUGGAGUAGUAUCGCCGCGAGUCCAACGCCGAUGCCGCGCUCUCCACUCGAGUCCGUAGUGUCAAGUGCAGCGGACGCAAUUCAAGAGGUCAUUGGUUCUAAAAAGUUCCGUCUCCCCGCGCUUGGCUACAUCGGUGAAGAAAUUGAAGGCCAGCUUCCGGAAGCAUACUACGAUGUUCACGCCUCUCAGUUCUUGAUGACAGUCAUGGUCAUCGCUCGGAUGCUCCCAGCCAUCGCAACUUACUUCUGCGAUACAUUUCUGUGGUACACGUGUUAUGCGUCACUAUUUACCAUAUUUCUCCAAUGGCAAGGCAAAGUUUCACACGCACAACGAUGGGGGAAAUUCAUUCGCGGGUUUUCGCAAAUUCCAUCGAUGUUCUGCGAGAAGGUGAUGAACAAAACAUGGCCGAAGCCUGUGGCGAUUGACGGAGACUUCACUGCUGACGACAGAGGUGUCAAUGACGACAAUGAGGAGACGUUCCGUGCAAAAGAGGUAAGGCAGCGAUCGGGUGGUGGCAUUUACGGUAAUGAGUUGAACGAAAAUCUUUUGGACGCCGUCGCAUUGGCAGUCAUAGACGAAGAGAUGAUCGUUGAUGCAAACGUGCAAACAUUUGCGAGUCAACCUGCUCAUUUCCUGCCUGAGGCGAUGGAUAUCAAAUGGCAGCAUUUUGCUCGAGGUUGGAAUUCUAUAGUUGACUCGCUACGCGCUCGUGACCAAAUUACAAACAAGGAGUCAGUUGAUAUGAAGUUCGUAUUUCUGCAAGGUCGUGACGUUGAGCAGAUUUUUGACGCUCCGGAGUACAUCAUACUCGCUCCCAUGCUGACAUCGUCAGUGUUCUCUCAGGUCAGUUUCAGAGCUGGUUCUAUGGAGCAAUAUCCUUGGUUCGGUUCCACACUGAUACAAACAAAAGACCUCAUGUGCGUGAUAAUGACUGAGGUUCUCCGUGUUGUUUCACCCGGUGAUUUGACGCUUCUGAUGCGAGUCGUGAGUGAUUUAGCGUCAUUGGAAAAAGAGCAUGUGUGUCAUCGACGCCAUGAUGAUAUCGAUGCGUACUCGCAGUUGCGCGAUGCCAUCAUCAAGCUACUCCUAACUUUACAAGUGAUGGGAUCGUCGACCGACGCGACUCCCAUCGUUGAAGAUCAAGAUGAAAACGACGAUGAGAUGUCUGAAAGCGACGACGACGACGACGAAGAGGCGCAGUUGUUCCUUCUUGGUGAUCAGGCUGGGGCCGAAAGGGCCCGACUGAGGAAAGAACAGCGAAGAAAGCGCCGACAGUUGAAAGCUAUUCGAGAAAAAGAAAGAAUGCGCCAAAAGCAAGUCGUUGAGGCGAUUAAUCUUGAGAUGAAAUUCGGUUGCACAGGCAUCAUCCCCAAAGAAACGCGAAAAAAAAUGAAGGAAGGCAAAAGUGGUUUGUUGAGAGGAUGCUUCGUUGUUCAAGAAAACUGGGAGGAGUUAACGGAAGAACAACACGCUUUGUUGCAAGGGGACGAAGACAAAACAAGUGUUCGUAAACGCUGGAGAAGAGGACGUCGAAAGCUCAUCAAAUGGUCAAAUAUUCAAACGGAUGCAGAUAUUGAGGCGCAGUCUAAUACGCUUGCCGAGGCUCUGCACGACAUUCUUCUCGCGGUGCGAAAAAUAUGCGCUUUUGCGAUGAAAAGUGAUGGCAAGUGGAGCAACUCGAGUAAUCAGCGAAAGUAUCGAGUGGCGCAGCUUUACUCUCAACUUCUUGAGAUGGUGCGCAUCGACGCUCUUCGCGACGGUGAACAUGUCAGGGUUGUGUCCGCAUCGGCCACGCUUCCCACCAAUCGGCAGAUCGUCAACUCGCUGCUGAAUUCCAUGAAUAACUCAAAUCCUGGUGGCGAACCACGAAACCCUGAGGCUCGUCGACAGCUCAUGUUCUUCACAAACUCACUCAACUUCACGUCUCUCAAAAUGCCAACAAAGUUGCGUAACAUGCGAGGUUGGACCGCGUUCACUCCUUAUUACGCCGAGGAAGUGUCUUACAGCAAAGACGAGCUUGUGAAACCGCUCGAAGACCAAAAGACGCUGUUCUCCAUCAUUCGAGCGACCUAUCCCGACGAGUAUGAGAAUUUCAAGGAGAGGAUUGGUGCUCUGGCGUACGACGAUGCCCGUAUAUUUGAACAGCACUGGGAUGAGCUUCGUGUAUGGGCUAGCGACAGGACGCAGUCGCUGAGUCGUUGUGUCCGAGGAAUCUGUUACUAUGGCACUGCUCUGCGCUUCCUCGCUAGGUUGGAAGGCUACGAGGAGGCUGAAAUUGAGACGUUAGUCCAAGACAAGUUUGAGUACUUGGUUUCAUGCCAGGUUUAUGGAAAUAUGCUGAACGCACCGUUAGGAUCUGAAAAUAGAAGAAAGGCAGGCGACAUCGAUGAACUCAUUUUGAGCCAUCCGGAGCUCCGUGUUUGCUUUGUGCAAGUACAGUCCGAAAGAGACGCAGAGUUUGCAUCUUGCCUUGUUGGGUGCAACCGUGAGUCAAGGGUCCUGUCGAUGGCGUGCAAGGUUGAGUUACCCGGAAACCCCAUUAUAGGAGAAGGCAAGCCCGAAAACCAGAAUCACGCUGUUAUCUUUAGUCGAGGUGCUUAUCUUCAAACUCUAGACAUGAACCAAGAUGGUUACUUCCCGGAGGCACUGAAGAUGCGGAACUUGCUUGAUACAUUCUCUGAAGAUGUUGUUCUGGUCGGUUUCCCAGAAGUAAUUUUCAGUGAGACGACGGGAGCGGUGGCGCAAUUUGCAGCCAUUUCGGAAUUCAUCUUUCAGACGUUUCAGCGUUUCAUGACUUGGCCGCUCAUGGUUCGUUUCCACUACGGUCAUCCUGACGUGUGGGAUAAGGCUUUCACCAUGACAAAUGGAGGCGUAUCAAAGGCUUCCAAGGUGCUUCAUGUAGCUGAAGAUUUCUUUGGCGGUGUCAACGCUAUCUGUCGUGGUGGAAGGGUUCUCUUCGAAGAGUUCAUAGAAGUUGGCAAAGGUCGGGAUAUGGGUUUCACUUCGGUGAACGGGUUUGAACAAAAGAUUUCAGGUUCCGCCGGCACGAUUUCGAUGUCUCGAGACGUAUACAGGUUGCAUCGUUCUAUGGACAUGUUCAGAAUGAUGUCUAUGUACUUCAGCGGGCCUGGUUUCUUUAUCAGCGUCAUGCAAACUGCGUGGUGUGUAUAUCUGUACAUUCUUGUCCACGCCGGUCUUGCCAUUGCGGAUCUGGAGAUUUACCGCGUGUACCGUUAUUUCAAGAUGACCGAGGCACAAACGACACUCUCAUUAUCAAAGGAAGAAGGCGGUUACUAUAACUCCAUUUACGCCAUUCAACUGGGCUUACUCACGGUGUUACCUCUCUUCCUGAAGAUGAUUAUGGACAGAGGUUUGAGAGACGGUUUCGAGUACACGGCAUCUUCCCUUCUGCGCGGCUCUUGGGCCUUCAACAUAUUUGCCAUGACCACGAAGGGCUACAACUACAUGAUCGGUCUCCUCUUCGGAAAGGCUCAGUACAUCGCCACUGAGCGGGGCUUCGUCCUAAAUAACGCUAAUAUGGUAGUACUCUACGGAUUAUACGCCAAGUCACACCUGUACACCGGCAUGGAAGUAUUGUGUCUUCUUCUGCUGUUUCACUGCAACACCGUGCUACCAAAAUCAAUUCUCUACUCCUGGUCGGUGUGGAGCUUUGCACUAUGCAUCCUCAUGACGCCAUGGUGGUUUUCGCCACAAAGCACGAACGCGUAUUGGAUGCAGAAGAGUUGGAUUGACUGGAGACGCUGGCUCGAUGGUUCUUUCGACCAGCCCAGGGUAGCAAACGGUUCCUGGCGAUCUUGGCACGACUCCAUGAUUGCAAACUACCGCAACCGAAUCGGGAUCUUCAACAAAUGUGGUGUCCUGAUUAUGAGCAGUUUCGGACGCAUCAUGUUAGCGCUCGUCAUCACCGGCUCGCUGCAUGGCACUGCGCUUUACUCUGGCACGACGCAAACUGAGCAGUUCUACAUCAAUGUUAGCAGAAUGGCGUCAGCAACGGCCGUCACUGGGUUUGUCGCCUUUCUGUAUAUGUACGCGAUGAACUCGGUCUUUUUCGUACGGGAACCCUGGUUAAAAUUCCCCGACAAGCUUUGGAAAAUCAGCUUUUAUCGAGGCCUGGUACGGCUCGGACUCUUCCUCAUCUGGAACGGGCUGUACUUUUACGCGUUGCAUGUUGACACUGGAAACUACAGCAUGCGCCGCACGUGGUUCAUGACUGGUCUCGGUUCAACAGCUGUAACUUCCCUAAUCAUCGAAGCAUGUGUCAUGCUGAGCGAUAGAACCGUGACUAGUUUCGGCGAGAGAUUUCUUCCGAUUCAAACCGCGGAUGGUGAAGCUGAGCCACGCUCAAGCGCUUUGCGCCGCAUUGCGAGCCCUUUUGUGUACGGUGCGCGACGCAAACUCUUGCAGGCGCGCGACGCCGCUGACUUUUGGUACAAGGAGCUUGAUAAGCUCAUGGGGUGCAUCAUAUUCAUGAUGAUAUCAAUCCUCUCGCUGUUUCCUGUGACAACGAUGCAAACUGCUCUCAUCUGGAACGAAACAUUCAGUGAUAUCCUGGCGAAGAGGGUGACUGUUCAAGAGACGGUGUCAUCGAUCUUAGACUAG